GAGCGCGACGGGCUGGCGGCGCGGCUGCAGCUCAACGAGUGCGUGGCGUGCAUGGCGCGCGUCACGCACGUCACGCACGACAGCGAGACCUGCGGCGAGCUGCUGCUCACUGACAGAUCCAUCCACUUCGUGCCCGAAGACAGCGGCUCGGACGACGACAGCUGGGAGCCGUGGGCGCCGGGCCGCGCGCAGUGCUGGGCGCUGGGCAGCGUGACGGCGGUGGGCACGCGGCGCUGGUGCCUGCAGGAGCGCGCCGUCGAGCUGUUCCUGUCGUCCGGACACGCUCAACUGCUGGCCUUCGACUCGGAGGCUGAGCGCGCCAACUUCCUCAAGGCGCUCAAGAACUGCCACUUGCCGAACAAACAAGAAGAAGACACGCUAGCUGAAGCCAUGAACCAGUGGCGCAACGGCAGCAUCACCAACUGGGAGUACCUCAUGCGGCUCAACGGGCUCGCCGGCCGCUCCUACAACGACCUCAUGCAGUACCCCGUCCUGCCCUUCGUGCUGGCCGACUACACCAGCCGAGUGUUAGACCUGACCGCGCCGGAGACCUUCCGAGACCUCACCAAGCCCAUGGCUGUGCAGCGCAAGAGUCGGGAGCAACACUAUAUCAACACCUACAAUGACCUGAAGGCGGCACGGCGCGAGGGCUGCAGCCCCGUGGUAGCGCGGCAGCCGCACCACUAUGCGUCGCUGUACAGCAACUCGGGCGGCGUGCUGCACUACCUGGUGCGCCUGCCGCCCUUCACGGAGCUGUUCCUCAACUACCAAGACAACAACUUCGACAUGCCGGACCGCACGUUCCACUCGCUGGCCACGACGUGGCGGCUCAUCACCAACGACUCGCCCACCGACGUCAAGGAGCUCAUCCCCGAGCUCUUCUACCUGCCCGAGCUGUUCCACAAUAACGAAGAUGCCACGACAACGAUGCCAGUUGACGAAACUGUGAAAGAAGACAAGUCGACGAAAUUGUUCCCGAUCUUCAGCAAUCCCAACCCUGGGACUAGUACGCCUACUAGCAAAGGUUCGGACAAAAACGGCAAGAAACGUCUACCGAAAACCACCAGCGACCAAUACGUCAUCGACGCGGGACAGAAGAAGUUUGGCGCCACUCAGUGCAAGGAAUGCGUGACACAAGAAGCUGACGAGGAGACGAAGCUAUCGUGCCCUACCGACGGAAGUGGCAACCUUCUUCUCGACUGCCCUCAUGCCACGCUUUAUCUAAGGUUUCCCCAUGAGAGGGAAUUGAAGGGCUGGCGCUACAUGAUCCGCCUGGCGGCGUUCAACAACGGCGCGCAAAUUCACCACCAGCAGCUCACCAAGGAAGACGUGCCAACCAUAGUCGACAAAUGCAUCAGCUUCAUUUACGCCCAUGGGAGCCUAUCGGAGGGCAUAUACCGCCGAGCUGGCAGCAGUACGGUCCUUUCGGAACUGCUGGCGAGGUUCCGCCGCGACGCAUGGUCGGUGCAGCUCAGCCCGAGCCAGCAUUCCGAGCACGACGUGGCGGGGGUCCUGAAGAGGUUCUUUAGGGACCUCCCAGAGGCCCUGGUGCCUCAGGAGAAGCAUCUCGCCUUGACCACUGCUUUGGAGAUAAAAGAGGACGCAGCACGCCACGCGGAGUACCGCAAUGUGAUGACGUCACUGCCUCUGGUCGCGCGCAACACCGCCAGGAAACUGUUCGCGCACCUGCACUUUUUGACGACUAUGGCGCAUGCCAACAAAAUGAGCGCGGAGAAUCUGGCGUCUGUAUGGGCGCCCACCAUCAUGCCCGCUGCAGUCACAAGCGACAAACUCCAAACUGCGUGGUCCACCAGAGAGGUGUUCGUGGUUCGAGAUCUGAUAGCGAAUUUCGAAGCGGUGUGGGAGCCCACUGAUGCGGAAAAGAGACGGGAAGCAGCAGUCCGUCGCGUUCUAAUGACGGUGUUGGGGGCAGCGGCGCCCGCGCCGAAGAAGGCUGCGGGAGACCUCCGAGCGUGGAUCUACGUCAAGAACAGAAGCACGUGUCACCAAGUUACGUUGACGCCAAACAAGACGUGUGCAGAUGUAUGCAUAGAGCUUUGUGAGAAAGCCAACAUGGAGUCACAUCAGCUCAUGAUCGAGGAAGUGAUUUGCAACGAGUCUAUGAGGCGCAUAGUCCACAUCGAUGAGGUGGUCCUUGAUGUGGUGUUAAGGUGGGGCUACUGGGACGAAGAAGACAGAAAAGCCAACUACCUUCUAGUGAAAGACAAUAAAAUACUAAACGAGAUCGAAGCUCUGAGGCACUCCAAUUCCCUCGUCUGCGGAGAACUGAAGCUAGCAACGGAAUCUAUGAGAUCCUUCAAAUUGCACAUGUUUGAAGUACAAAAUAGCAAACUUUGCUAUUUCAAGGACAAACAGGGUUCGCACAAGAUCGAAGAAUGGAAUGUGAAAGACAUCCUAUGGUACACCGGGCACGAACCUAAACGGAACCCGCAGUCUCGGUGGGCCAUCACUUUCAUUCCGCGUAAUAACAAACAGAAGAGAGGAAAAGACCGCCCAUGGUUCGGGUGCACUAUCGCUGGUGCGGUAACAGAAGAUCAGCUCAAGUGGAUGGCUGCCCUAAUGUUCGGCGAGCACACGGAGAUUCUGCCUACCCCCAGGCUCGUCAUCACGUAAUAACAAAAUGGCGGACGUCUAGGUAAUGUCAUUUACAAGUAACACGUCGAGUAUUGCCACAGUGUUUGUGAAGUUCUGACAGUGAAUUAGGUCAUUAUUAUUAUUAUAAUGAUAGGUCUUGUGCCUUAUAGAUCUUUUUUUCUGUAGAAAAAAAUGUGCACAAGUUUUUGUAUUGUACAGGUACGGUACAUCAAGCUAGACACUGGCAUCUUAUUUUAUUGUAGUUCUAUUUUACAAAAAAUGUUGUGUUGUCGUAUGCAGUCGACUUUAAAUAAUUUUCGUCAGAACCAGUAUUGUAACCUCAGAUCUGCCAAUUUCCGGAGCUUCUGGUGUCCCAGUGUUGCUAAAACCUAGCUACUUUAAAGGAGAGCAAUGUAACUAUUUAUCAAUAACUAUUAACAUUAAAACAACCUAUUCCUAUUUUCUCGAACGAGCCUAUUUUGUAAGAAGUGAUAAUUCAAAAAUUAAAUCUGAAAGAUCUCAUCCAUACAAAAAAUCUUUAAUUGACUUUUACCAUAAAGAUCGUCUGUGGAAAUUAAUUCACGUAAACUGUCAGAACUUAACACACGCACUACUGCCACAUUAUCAGCGUGAUACAAACAACACGUGGUUUUUGAAGUUUCCUAAAUCCAGUGUACUAUAGUUCCAAAAUACUGAACUGUCCUAUGCAUGACAUUGACAGUGGGGCGCCACCGUCAAUACCGGAUC